AAGAACGAGGCUUGGAACGCACUGCUCUUCUCCCACGUGUGAGCUCUGUGGAUUGAUGCUGCAGGGAGUGUGGGAUGCAGUUACAGUAGUGUCGUUUCUGCUUUCAGCAAACAUCAUAACGCAGAGAUGUCAACUGCUAAAGAAAAAAAAUAUGCAAAGCGGAUGCGAAACCAGCCUUCCAGCGUGAGCCUGUCUGAUUUUGGUUCUGGUCAGGGCGGCCGUCCUCCGAGCAAUGGGGGACGUGGAAGCUUUCACCCACAUCGAGAUAGCCGCCCUGGAACCUCUGGAGGGCAGCAGCAAAGGUUUCAAGGUCAAUCUCCUGGUACCUGUUUUCAGGCUACUGAAGGCAAAGGACGAGGAGGGCCCCCUGAUGCACAUCUAGUUCCUAAAUAUAUAACAGCAACAAUGUUUGCCCAGGCCCGUGCUGCAGAAAUCAAUGCGAUGGCUAAAGCUGUGUCCCAGAAAACUUCCAACUGCUUAGUAUUUCAGUCUUUACCCAGACACAUGCGCAGAAGGGCCAUGGGUUACGACAUAAAACGAUUACCAAGACGACUGCGAGAGAUUGCUAAAAAGGAGAUGGACAAAUCUGUGCACCAGAAAAAGGAACAGUCAAAGAGCAAGUGCCGCAAAGCAAGAAGACGGCAUGGAAACCUGCAGAUGGCGUUUAACCGAAGGCAGAGGAAGAACAUUUGGCUGGAAACCCACAUAUGGCACACAAAGCGGUUUCACAUGCUUAAGAAAUGGGGGUACUGCCUGCCAGACAGACCGACCAUGAAGAGUUACCGGACUUGUUACAGAGCAAUGACAAGUAAUUGCCUUUUACAGGAUUUAUCUUAUCUCUGCUGUCUCGAGUUGAUUGGUGAGGAAGAGGAGCUCUUGAAGUCGUUGUCCAGACUCUGCAGCACAGACACAGGUCCCUCCUUUGCUGCAGCCCAGUGUCUGUCUGGAAGACGCCAAGGUUCCCUGGUCCUUUACAAAGCGGAUAAAUACCCCGAGGAGGCACUGGCCCCGGUUACUUUUAUCUGGAAGCCAAACUGUGCUCCUGUGCAACCGUCUAGCAAAAGGCAGUUGUGGAUUUGGACCCAUCCUGCCUUCAAAAAGGAUAUAUUGAAAGAACUCCAAAACGUUUUCUGCUGUGAGGAAAUGGCAGACAAUGCUGUUUGCAAACCAGAGCCGGCCCAGGUUCUUCAACGGGAAGAAAAGCAAGCGGUUGUUGAAAGCCCUGGCAAAAAAAGAAAAAGGCAAGACAAAGACGGGGAAAAGGCUGUACCUGUGAAAAAGAUUGUCGGUGAUGGAACAAGGGAUUCUAUCGAUCCUUAUCAAUGGACAUCAAAACAAGCCUCGGUUACCAUUCGUGAUUUGACUAUGGAAAUUGUUCGUUAUCGACUGGUCGGGCCUCUUUCACACUGUGUGCUCACUGAAGCUCUGCGGGCUGCUCCACUUCAUAAAGCAGCAGAGAAUCCCGGACCGCACAGCUGGUGGGCGAGUUACUGCACGGAUCCAGAUAAUGUCCAUCUUCACAGCCGCCAGGAAUCCCUCUUCCAGAUGCUGCAAGGACUGGAAGAUCCAGCACAAGUUCCACCCGGAACCAUUCUUGGCCUUACAUUGGGAGAUCCAAGGCUAAACUUACCGAAAAAGAAGACAAAGGCUGUGCCAAAUCUAGAAAAAUAUGAAGACAGGGAUCAAACCAAACUGUUGCGGUCCAGCGGGGUUCCUGUAGAAUGUGCAGAUAGCCUUAUCUGGUCAUCUGAAAUCCGUUCAAAGACAACAGAGAACAAAAUCUCAGAACAGGAAUUUAAUCGUUUACGCGGUGAGCUGCUUGUACCUGGCUCACAACUUGAUCUGGGAGACGGUGAAUCAAAGAUCCCAGUCCUUUUGAUUCAGCAGCCUGGCAAAGUCACUGGCACUGAACGACCAGGCUGGGGCAGCGGCUGGGACAUCUGCCUACCUAAAGGAUGGGGCAUGGCCUUCUGGAUCCCUUUUAUAUACAGAGGGGUCCGUGUUGGAGGUUUACAGCAAAGUUUGCAGCAUUCUCAGUUUAUGGCCGCUCCGUAUGUUCCGGGAGACUUUGUUGACUGCCCGGCUGGACAUCAGUCUGCGAAAGAUACAGAGAUUUCUCUACUAGAAAAAUACAAAAGACGACCACCAGCUAAGAGAACAAACUUUAUCAAGCAUGGUAUUCUUGCGCCUUUCCGAUGUCCCUGGGAUCAGCUAACAAGAGAGUGGGAGAUUCGGACCAUGAUUAGCACGGAACCUCCUGCAUUUGAGGGUCAGGAAGUGGAAACGAAGGGAACGGAUAUCGAAAGCUCAGAAAUGAUUCAUGUUGCACCCACAGAAGAUGUAAAACUUGAAAUCUGUUCCCCUCCCGCUACCAACAACGAGUCAAAAGACACAGCAGACAAGGAAGACCGUGAGAUUACCUACUCCGUAUUAAGGAACAAGAGGACUCUAAGGCAGCUCUCUGUCUGUUGUCUUCCCUGUCGUGGGCGUCCAAGAGCUCACCAGCCUUCAAAAUCCACACCCCAAGAUCUACCUGAUGUAAUAAACCUAGUUCCCAGGGAUGUUCCAAGAUUGCUAGUGUGGGUCAGAUUGUCCAUGUUGAGCAAAGGUAGUCCAGAACUCCAUGCGGUCAUCUGCAUUCCAUCUAGCCAGGAUUUUCUGGAUCUAAACAACAAAUCUUUCCCGGGCCCCCAAGAGCCUAAACACAGUGAUACUUUUAAGAAAAAAGUGCUGAAAUGUCAAAAGGAUAAAAAGAAAGAGAAGAGCAAGAAGAAAAAUGACCCUUCAACAACCAAAGAUGACCUUGCAGAAAACAUAUCGGGCGAGCAACUCUCACAAAGAGAUGAACUGACAUUUGGUUUGUGGCCCCAGCCUUUGCCCGAGCUUAGCAUACACUGUAACAGACAUCUUAUUGGGUUCGUAACACAAGGGAACUUUUCUAUGGCUGCUGGCUGUGGUGAAGCAUUAGGAUUUGUGUGUGUUUCAGGCCUUACACAUAUGUUAUCGAGCCAACCUGCAGACAAGAAGGGAUUUGUAUUGAUUAGAAAUCCAUCCUCCCUUCAAUAUCGGUUUGCCAAAUUAUUUAUCGAUGUGUAACGAUCACCAUUUUACUGGACCACGACGGGAAAUAAAGUCCUGAGUGAUGCUUUGAGUCACACAA